AUGGCAUCACACUGUUUCUUGAUUCUGUCAAAGUCACCAAAGAGCAACGAUCCGAUCUCCACACACCACCCGUCCCCCGGGAGUCCUCGUCCGCCUGCGUCGGUUGCCGCACCGUUCCGCCUGUGUCACGGCACCACCACCUUGGCCUUCGCCUUCCAAGGCGGGGUGAUCGCCGCGGCGGACUCCCGCGCCAGCGCAGGGGGCCUGGUGGCCUGUCCCGCCGUGGAGAAGAUCUCCCCCAUCCACUCGCACCUGGUGGUAACCUCGUCUGGCAGCGGGGCGGACUGCAUGCUGUGGGAGCGCAUCCUCACCCGGGAGAUCCGCCUCUACCAGCUACGCCACGGCCGCCGCCUGUCCGUGGGCAGCAGUGCCAAGCUGCUGUCUCUCAUGCUGCAUCCCUUCAAAGGGACCGACGUGUGCGUCGCCUUGACUCUCUGUGGAUGGGACACAGUGGGGCAGCGGCUGUGCUACGUGUGCAGUGACGGAGCCUUCCUCAAGGGGGAGCUCUUCUCUGUGGGCUCCGGCUCCCCGUACGCCUACUCUGUGCUGGACGGCAGUGUGAGGUGGGAGAUGUGUGAGGAGGAGGCCGUGUCCGUAGCCCGGGAGGCCGUAUACAGGGCCACGCACAGAGAUGCAUACUCCGGCAACAGCGUGGACCUGUAUCAUGUCACGGAGCGUGGUUGGAGGCGCAGGCCGAGGGAGGACCUCAGAGAGGAGUGCGAGGUUAGGUCCUCAGACCGUUACCAGAGCCAGUGGGCUGCUGUAAUGCCCAUCUCACGCCUUGCGAAGAUGUGGGGGCGCCGCUUCCCCGUGGACACACACUUCACAGAGCCAAGGCUCCAGCUGGUGGAGUCACUGAGACCAGGCCAGAGCGGCGUGGACGUGAGGGUAAUAAGGAGCCAGGCCGGUGGCGGCAUUCGCCUCAGCUUCAUCCUCAGCAUCUGCAGCAACAGUAGCAACAUCCGUUAUCCUCAACUUGGCAUCUGCGGUCCUGCUGGCAUGGGAGCAGAAGAAGCCGUGUGGGAGGCGAAGGGUUAA